CAGAUUCUGGCUCCAUGUCCCUCCCAUUGCAACGCCCACACGCAGCGCGGACUGCUUUCCAUCAAGUCCGCAAAUGUGCUAUAAAGCCAUUGACUUUGCCGGUUGCAGCCACUCCCAAGAAAUUCAGCGUCAGCAACAUGUCUGGAAGAGGAAAAGGUGGCAAAGGAUUAGGGAAGGGAGGCGCCAAGCGUCACCGCAAGGUACUACGUGAUAACAUCCAGGGUAUAACAAAACCAGCCAUUCGUCGUCUUGCUCGCCGCGGCGGAGUGAAGCGUAUAUCCGGUCUGAUCUAUGAGGAGACACGCGGUGUCCUGAAAGUGUUUCUGGAGAACGUCAUCCGUGAUGCCGUGACGUAUACCGAACAUGCCAAGAGAAAGACCGUGACCGCUAUGGAUGUUGUGUACGCUCUGAAGCGUCAGGGUCGUACUCUAUACGGUUUUGGCGGAUAAACAUACUGACAACCUCUCAACUUAAA